GCCAUCUUAGCAAUAUACAGGUCGAAUUGGCAAGACCGAAUUAGUGGAAUAUACCGUAUUGUGUUGUUGGUGCUAUACGUGUGUCACAGUAAACUUUGCGCGUGCUGCACAGGAAAUUUUUCCAUGCAACAGUUGCAAAUGUUGCAUGGAAUAUUUACGCCACUAAUACGAAACUAUCGAAUGAAUUGAGAACUUACACAGUGUCCCCUUGUAGAAAAAGUUCCGGUCGUUCCUUCAGGAGGUUAUCUUUCAUCCAAAAGAGUAACCUUUGUAUAGUCCCUAUAAUAUUUAAAGUGGCGAAUUAAAAAAUCCUAUUAUAAAAUAUCUGUAAAACUUACAGUCGUUACCAGUAUCAACAUCCGCAAUGUCGGAAGAAAACGAACAUACUUCGGAAGAAACCGAAACAGAAAUGAAUGCUGAAACUCGCAGUAGUGAACAAUGUAAAAAUGAAGCAAGUAUAUUAAACAAUGAAACGGAACAGCCUAUGUUAGAAGAUGAAGAAAUGCCGUCGUACAUUAGUGUAUCAACCCCAUCAAGGCGCGAAGAUUCGGAUGUUAAUACAAAACAAGAUAGGAUACCAGUGGAAGAGGAUCACAGCCGAAGCCCUUAUCCUAGUGAUGAUCAAGGAGGAGGCAGCAUUUAUGUGUUAUCUUCCGGGGAGGAGAGUAAUCAUCCUUAUAAUAAUGAAGAAGAAGAUGAGUAUGCAGACAGUGAAGAUAUGGAUGAGAUGGAUCUUGAAAAUGAUCAUGAGAAUUUAAUGCUAGAAGAUGAAGAAGAUGAAGAUGAGGAGGAUGACGAUGAUCGAAAUCGUAUGAGAUUACACAAUGACCGAAAUCGUAUGAGAUUACACAAUGAUGAUGAUGAGGAUAUUGAAACAGAAUAUGAACAAGAAUAUUGUGAUAGAGCAUCGGAUGAUUUUGUCCUAAACACUAGAAUGAAGCAACAUCACAAAGAAAGAAGUUUAUCGCUACAAGAUUUAAGUUUCACUAAAAAUAAUGCACAUCCUCCUUAUAAUAAGAAGAGGCAUAGUUUAAAUAUCUUUAGACAAAAUUAUUCAGGCCUACAACCGAAUCCUGUUGCAUUUAAUGCUGCUCACAAAAGACACAUGUUUCCGCUUAAAUAUCAACAUGUAGAAAGUAAAGUAAAACAAUACAUUAGAGAUAUUAAGGAACAAACAAGGAAGUCAAUGGAAAAGCGGAUUAAAGAGCUAGAAUGUUUGACGAAUAAAAAUCACGAAGAGAAUCAAAAUGACACCGAUCCAUUAAAGCCAACAAUAACAAACAAAGUUAUAAAAGAUUAUGCAGAGAAGGCUAUUAAGGACUUGCAACUCGAAGAAAAUAAUGAAAAUGGUAAUUCAAUUUAUAAUUCAGCACAACUAGUAGAAAAUGGUGAUAAUAAAAUUGAAAUCAAAGUAACUGAAAAUCAGCUUAAACAUAUUCGAAGAAACAGUAACAUGAAUACAUUCAGUGAUAUUCAAAAUGAAAAACGUGCACAAAACUACGAUGAUAAAUUAGGAAAACGAAAUGGUUCUGUAGAUGUUAAUGCACAUCAUAUUGAAUAUCAAAAUACAUUAGAUAAAAACGUAAAAUUUAAUAAUAUGGAUCAAUCUUCUUUAGUUAACGGUCAUCAGCAAGCACCUACAGUUUUCAAUUUACGUACAUUAAGCUACGAAGAAUACUUGCAUGGUAUAUCAAACUCUGAACAAAAGGAAGAAUUGAACGAGCAAAAACACGACAUUCAAGGAAAAAUGAAUGAGCCUGAAACAUAUAAUGACACAGAGAUGAUUAGUGUACAAGAAAUGGAAAACAGCAAUACCAGUUGUCCGUUAAAAAUUGCAAAUGUUAAAAGUAUCAGAGUAAUGCAAGAUGAACCAGAAAAUUUACAUUUUACGAAAGCAAGUGCAGCAGAAAAUGUGCAACUUAAAGCUCAACUUAAUCAAAUACGAAAUGCGUAUCAAAAAACAUUGGCAGAAAAUAUGAAAAUGAAACAAGAAUUAGAUGCUUUAAAGAAGUCGGUAGCAAAAUAUGAAAGUGAGAGCAAAACACGUGAAAUGAAAAUUGCAUCUGUGCAAACUGAAGCUAUUGUAGAAACUGGAUCUAAUCCAAAAGUAAUUGUAACUGCAGGGGAUACAAAUAAUAAAAUAUCUACCAGUAGUGUUGCAUCAACAAUAAGUACUGAUCAGUGGGCAGAAACUCCUUGCAGUUCAGGUAUAUCCAUUAAACCGCCAGAUUUGACACAAAUUCUUAAUUCUGAUGAUAGUAUGGUACUCACUGAUGGUACUCCAAGAAAGUUACCGCAUCCAUGGUCACGAACAUUUAUUACUUCAUCUCGAAUCUUACAAACUCUUUCCAACAUAACACAAGGCAAAACAAAAGUUGAAAGUCCUUUGGUUAGGAAUUGUAAGAAACGGACAAGUGAAAAUUCAAUGGAUCAGUUAUUGAAUUUAGAAUACAAUUCUUCAAUGCAUGCUUCAACUUCUAAGAAACGAAAAGCAGCAGAUAUGCUUGGUGCUUCCACUUUUGUUCAACCAUUUAAAAUACCUCAUACAAAUAUAGAAUCUGAAAAGAAAAAUACUAAUGCAUCAAAUAUGGAGUUAAAAUAUUCAGAAGGACAGCCAAAUGUAAAGAUAGAGCAAUCACAGAAUUCAUCUGUCAAUAGAAACAGUGAGGAUUCUUCAUCUAUGGACAUUCAAGAGGAAGGGGCUACUAACAAUGACAAUGAUGUGAAGUGUUUCAUAUAUAGAGAAGAUGAAAAUAGCAAAAAUAGAAGUUUCUUAAUACAAGCAGAAGAACCAACAAAGGAUGCAUUAGAAAAUGAAAAAAAUUGCAUCCAAGAAUGUGGUCCAUACUUAUUGGGUAAUCUUGAAGUAAGAAUGUCUGAAAUAAAUGGUACAAUUAGUGUUUGGGGUAAAGAGAUUAUUCAGGAAUCGUCUAGUGAUAACGAAGAUGACACGGAUGUGUCUAUAAAAUCCAGAGAAAAGAAGACGAGUCUUUAUUCUCAACAAACACCACAAAUUAGAUUUAAUGGUAGUCCAUUUAUGUGUUCAACUCAUAAAAAGCAGAAGCUCCCAUUAAGGCUGACUAAAUCCAGUGGUUCUCAAUGCUGCCACUCUAUGUCGUCAAAUACAGUAAAAUCACCUCUCUUAUCAGAUGAAGUAAGUAAUAAGAGACAUAGCUAUAUUCAUUCAAAUCCAAGCAGCUGCGCAAUUCCUUGCGAAAAUUGCGAUUCCAUAAAACAUCGGAAAGAAUGGUCAACGUGUAAAAAUACUUCGGGUUCACAAGAAAAAUCACAUUCCUGUUGUACGCAUCACGCAGAAUUCGUAAACAAAGAUUGUAACUGCGGUUCAUAUCAUGAAAGACAGGUGUACAACGAUAGUCCUAAUCAUAGUAAAGAUAAGUUCCACGUUAAAGGAAUACGAAGAAAUUCCUGCAAGAACGCAUUUACGCCGGAAUCGAGUAAUCAUUUACAUGAAAACAUCAUAAACGCAACUUGCGAAACGGGCGAAGUAGUUUGCAAGUACAAUAAAACGUGUCGACGUUCCGUACAAAAUACAUGUAACGGUAGUCCCCAUGUAACACAAUGUUGUAACACGAGUAAAGAUGUUACUUGUACAUGUAAAUCAUUUUUGAAUAAUACACAUAAUCAUGAUUGUUCUGAAAGACAAUCAUGUAGUCAUAGUCUUUUAAAUGAUGGAGAAGAAGAUCUUUUAAUUCCAGUAAAGCAAUCGAAUGAAACAUCUGAAACAAGGCAGCGACGAUUAAGUGGCAAAAGAGUGCGAGGCAUUCUUAUGGAUCUCUUAAAGGGUUGUGGAGAUUGUCGUAGUGGAGCUACAAAUGUUAACAGAAGUGGUCUGCAGCAAAAACAAACUUACAUGACGAAUGGGCAAAUUAAUAUUUCUCCAAGUCGUACGCCUGAGCCAACAUGUUCGAGUUCCACCAAAUGCAAUGAUAGAUGCUGUCAUGCAUACGCAAGACGGAUCGAAUCUCAACUUGAAGAAUUCCGAAUUGAAAUGGAAAGAGUGCGAUCACGUUCAGAUGCAAUUCUCGACAUGCUCAAUAUGCUUCAUUCUGUUGAUAUGAACUAAAUGAAACUAUUAUCAUUCUUAAACUAAGUGCUUUUUCCUUGUACAGAUCACUAUUUCUUAAUUUCGUUAAGUCAAGGUGUACGCACUACGAUCAAACAUUCUUAUUUACCUUGGUUACUUCAUUGCCUAUAAACAGUACGUGAUCGAUUUAUUAAAUAAAACGCAUCCACGUCUAAAGAAAGAGAAAGCUACUGCAUUGUACCAUACAAGUGAAUGGUUUUGUAUCGCGGCGAUUCAAUUUAUAAAGCAUCUGGUCAUUGAAAUAAAAUUUCGUAUCAUUUCUUUUAUAUCGUAUUACAGUUUGACAUGUACCACUUUUUCAACAACAAGAAAUUUAACUGUAGUGGUGUAGUCGUAUUUACAUAUAAAAACGAAAAUUUUAUGUGGUGCUCAAAACGAACCUUGUUAAACACACUGAUUAAUUUCGUAUUAAUAAUUGCAGUCACAGGAGUCGAAUCCUGAACCGGCCUCCCCCGGCAAAACACCAGGCGGAGCCUCCCCUUGACCCUUGAAGAUGUUACUGUAGGAUGUCUUCAAAUAAUUUACGUGGCCUUGCAGUGAUCUUAUACGACCUUGGGCCUGUUCAAACGCUUCGUUGAGAUUAUUUAUUUGACCCUGCAUCUUUUGCCUAAUCUAUAAAUGAUCAAGUGGAAAAUCAGUUGACAACCAAGAAAGUAAGUCUUAAACAUUAAGUUGUACAUUGCUAAUUUCUAAACAAAUUAAAUUUACCUCAUCCCUGUCCUUUUGCGCAGCUCUCGCAGUGGCUCUGCAUUGAGCCAACUGCCUCUCCAUAUCUGCUAUCUGACUUUGCAUCGAUCUUCUCACAGUAUCACAUCUCUCUUUCGUUCUCGCCACUUGUCUUGCCGAGUCUUCUCGAACCUUUAAAGAAAGAGCACAUAAAAAAUUAUUUUCUACUUCAUAAGGACGGAAAUACAACAUCAUACCUGAUCGAGCAUCGCCGUUAGCUGAGUAAUCUCAUGCAUCUUCUCAUCGAUGCGUUUCUGCAACUGCGCUUCGUGCUCUUCGAAUCUGGCAAGCGUGUUCUUCAUACGUUCAUUCUCAUGCCGCAAUUCCGAGUUCUUUUUCUCCAGUUCCUCGAAUCGCCCUGUGCCACUUCCUCUUUCCUCCUGUUAAGUAUAACUCAUGAGUUAGAAGCUGUACAUAAUUGUAGAAUGUUUCUUAUGAAUAGUAUUUGAUGAAUCAUGAACUGUACAAAGGUUCAACAAAUUUUAAUCAAGUAAAUUAUUUUAUAAUACUGGAAGACAAUAACCUGAAGAGUCUGAUAUUCGGCGCGCAGAACAUCCAACUGAUUUUGCAAUGUUUGCGCCUUAUCUUUGUACCCUAUAAGAUCCCGCGAUAGAUCCUCGCAAUUUCGCUCAGCGACCAACCGCAUCUGUUGCGCUUCCUGCAGCUUCACCUGCGUCUGCUUUAAUAGAUCCGGCAAUGGCGCGAGCUCGGCAAGUUUCUCUUGAAAUUGAUUCUAUGAAGAGAACAAUCGAAUGUAUAUACGCAAAUGGACGUCUAGAAUCUAUUGCGCACCUUGACCCGACCAAUUUCUAAGGUCACAUUUUCGUUCAUUCGCGCGUUAUCCAUUUCCAUGAGAUCAAGCUGCCGCCGUUGUUCCUCCACUUGUUGUUGCGCCUGUCGUUUCAGUUAUCAUUUUCAUACAUGCCUGUAGCACACCAUUAAAAUAACACGUAUCAACAAGAAAGACCUGUAAGUAUUUAUUGCGAUAAUCUUCGAGCUGGGCGGCUUGAUCUUGGAUCAGCGAUCGCAGUUCUUCCAGUUCGUCUUGCGACUCCCGGAAACGUUGUUUGACUACUAUUAAUUGUUGUUCGUGUUCGAUCAUUUGUUCCUUGAAACCUGUCAUUGGUUUCAACGUUUAGAUAUUAGCAAUUACAACUUUCGACUCGAAUGAAGUGCAAGGUCACCUUCAUAUUUAUCUUUCUCAGCCUCGAUCGCUUUUAGACGUUCUUGAGCAUCUACUAGUUUGAUGUCUAAUUUUUCUCUUUCUUCAAUUGCUUCGCGCGUUUGCUGCUUCAGUUUCUCGGCAUCUGUUCUUAAACACGAAACCUCGCAUAAUUUGUUUUUGUAAUCAUCCUGAAGACGUGCGUACUGUUCGCGAAGGUCGCGCAGCUGUUGCUGAGGACACGUGCUAGCGCCCUUUCAUUAAAUAUUCGGUUUAAUACACGUUAAAAAAUUUCGCAGAACGUUAUAGUCUUACCAUAGGCGCAGUCACGCAAGGGCCGGUGCAAGUUGAAGAAGGCGCGGGCGGCAUCUGUGCCUGAUCGAAAACAUAUCAUUUUAUGGAGAUGAAGAGAAACUUGAGCUAAACGAAAAAUUAAAAAAAAAAGGGAUCUUAUUGCAGCUCGUGUCAUAUAGUAUACUACUAAUCUAAUAAAUGUCUACAUUAUACUGUACAUAAUUUAAGGUACUAAUUUUAUAUAAAAUCUUAUAUGAAAUAAUCAUAUUUAGAAUGUAACGGAAGUUGUAAAGUUUCAGUUAUAAAUUACGCACAGGAUAAUGCUACCUUGUUGUAUGGUCGAAAAAAAAACAAUUUAGAUUUUUUCUAAAAUAUGUUUAUUUCAUACAAAAUUUUUUUGUAACAUUACUUGGGUAAACAAUUAUCUGAAUCCAUUGACUAUCAUCGACUUUGAUCAACGGCGACAUAAUUUUUACGACUAUCGAUGUAACUGUGAAAUAGCUUGUUCUGUGGAUUCACGUGAUCAAGUUGAUCAAGAUAUUGUACGGAUACCUUGGGAAGAGGUAUGGAAGGCGAUGGUAGAAUUGGAACAGGCGGUGCGUAAGGUGGCGAUCCGGAAGUUUGAUGGGACAUGGACGAAGGAGGUGGACAGCAACCGCAAGGUGCACAAGGACCGGUGCAUUUCAGCAACUUACGUUGCUGUUCUAAUUGCUGGCGUUCCCGUUGCACAUUGGCAAGUUCUAUCUGCAUGUUACGCACUUCGCAUUCCAUGUUGCCCAGUUGCUGUUCCUAAAACCAUUCUGAAGCUGCACAGUGAGCCAAGAAAGUAUUGACAUACUUUAUUCCUUUAUGAUAACUUCACAUCAAAGACUAAUAUUUUGUUUUCAAUCCUCUAAGUGCAUCCCAUUAAAGCAGAGUUAAAUUAUGUUUUUUUUGGGGUGUAC